AUGGUAGACAUAAAAUACCCAACUCUGCCUAAGAAAUGGGAUCGAUGGCUUAAAACAUGCAGUCUUGUGAUGGCUGUAUUUCUUAUAUUGAUAGGGGUAUUUGGUUUAAUCCCUCCUAGCAUCACUGACCCAAUAAACAUCAUUUUGCCAGUUUACUAUAUGUAAUUUCAAGUUAGAUUAUUCGGAUUAUUUAUCGUAGGCUCUGAGUUGCGUCUAAAAUCUAUUGUUGACAAAUUUUUAUUCAUUAAAGGACACAUAGGGCGAGGUUUCUUUUAUAUGUUGUAAGAUUUAAGCAGUGUUGCAACUCUCUGCCUGAGCAAGAAUUCACUUAUUAAUUACGCGAUUGCAAUAGCCUUAUUUGGUACUGGGAUCUUAUAUAUAUCUUGCUAUUGUGGCUUAAAAGAAAAUCAAACUGACGUGAGUGUAAUUGAUCAAUAA